AUGAAAAGAACUUUUGGUAACGACGUGCCGAAUUAUGAAGAACUGGAAAAGAAUGUUCAGUUGUUAUUUUUAAAUGAACAUCCGAUCUGGGCGGAUAAUCAUCCUGUGCCUCCUAAUAUCGUUUACAUUGGAGGUAUUCAUCAAAGUCAAAAACAAGAAAUACCUGAGGAAUUGAAAACAGUUUUAGAUUCAUCGAAGAAUGGGGUAAUAUACAUUAGUUUAGGUUCUAACGCCAAAUCUUCCUUGCUUCCACCUGAAACGGUUGCUGCAAUGACGAAGGUAUUGUCUAAAUUACCAUAUGACGUCAUAUGGAAAUGGGAAACAGACGAGCUACCAGGAAAAUCAAGCAAUAUAAAAAUUUAUAAAUGGCUUCCCCAAGCUGAUCUUUUAAAGCAUCCGAAAGUCAAGCUAUUCAUAACUCAAGGUGGUCUCCAAUCAGCAGACGAAACGAUAAAUGCUGCUGUCCCUGUUAUCGGUAUACCAAUGUUUGGUGACCAAUGGUACAAUGUCGAGAAAUACGUUAAACAUGGAGUUGGUCUGCAAUUAGAAUUGUCCGAUCUUACUGAGACAACUUUUGAGAACGCAGUGAGGAGAGUUAUUGAAGAUAAAAGUUUCAAGAACAACAUGAUAAGACUCCGUUCGCUCAUGAGGGAGCACCCAGUGCCGCCACUAGAGCUUGCUGUGUGGUGGGUGGAGCAUGUACUGCGACAUGGCGGUCAGCACCUGCGCUCCCCCGCAGCGGGGCUCACCUGGACACAGUAUUAUGAAGUGCCUUUAGUCCUCACUGUUGCAGCUGUAUGCUUGACUGUACUUCUAGUUAUAGUUUUAUUGGUUUUGUAUGUAGUACGGGUAGUGAUAAAAAUAUGA